CACCUCAGGCCGUUCGACUUCUUUUCUAUUCCCUCAUCUUCCUCCACCCUCCUUUCUAAAGCGGCACUCUCGAUCCGCAACAUCCUGAGAGUGCACGCUAUCUUUGCUUUGUCAGGAGUUUUGCUUUUCUCGCUUUGUUGACUCGCACUUCCACCGCCUGAGCAUUAUAUUGACCCCUCCACGUCUGUUAGCCUGAGCAAACGCUCCUGACAAGCCCCCUUUCAACCACGCUGCGGCUCGCGGACUGGAGUAGCUUGUCCUAGGGCCAAUCACUCUCGCCUGAAACUGCUUCCGGUCUUUCCUCGCAUCUUCAACGCUACCACCUCCCGCCUCCAAACGGCUUCCCAGCUUCCAAACUGCCUCCAGCGGCCACUUGAUUCUGUCGGAACCCAUAAGACUCCGCCUGCUCGAACGAGCAUGUUGAGCCUUAAUGGAACCCCCUUCGAUGGUCACUUUGCGUGAGCAGGCUGUUGCUCGUCCACUGCCCCAGCCCCCCUCCACCCAGAACACACCAGCAGCCAUGGAGAGUGCAGGCAGACGGGAGAGCGAUGUGGCCUUGCCGCCGUGGCAGCCAGACUCAGACGUCACACACUGUCCUGUCUGUGGGAGUCAGUUCACACUAUUCUAUCGUAAACACCAUUGCAGGCGAUGUGGUCGCGUCGUUUGUAGCGCCUGUUCUCCCCACCGCAUCACAAUCCCUCAUCAGUUCAUCGUUCGUCCGCCUUCCGAAGCUAUGGGCACGAUUCCAGGCCUUGUUCGCAUCGAAACAGAUUCCAGCGUGGUUUCUCGCAACCCUGCACUUGGAGGUGGACAUGAAGUGCGCGUCUGCAAUCCCUGUGUACCUGAUCCGAACUUCAGCCCACCUCCUCAGUAUCGCGAGCGAGACGACUCCGACGGUCGAUACACUCUUCCACCAGAACAAGGCUUAGCCCCAUAUCGAUACCAGUCCGCCCCCCACCCCCGGGAUGAACCGUUCCACAGGCUGCCUUACAUAGCUCCUGAACGAUAUCCUCUUCGUCGUCGCGAGACGCGCCCUCCAGAUAUCUACCACACUGAACAUAUGAGGUAUCUCACCUCCAGAUAUGCCCCACUGAACCGGGAACCAACAUCUCAGCUCCAAGCUCGACAGGCCACUCAGCAACCAGCCCAGCUCCAGCAAGAGCUCCGCCAUCCAUCCGUCCCUACCCCAUCAUCUCCUUUAUUACCGCCACUAUCAUCUACACCCGGCGUCCGACAAUCAAUGCAGCAUGUUCCCCGCCAAACCAAUCCCUGGUACGCCCACCCUCCGCCUGCUGGCACGCAUCCCAUUUACGGCUUCUACGACUCCUCCGAAAGCGUCUCCGACGCCAUGCGGCUCAUGGACAACCGCAUGCGGCGUCAAUCCCGAAUGACGGGCGUCCCCCUUGCCGAAGACGACACAUGCCCCGCCUGUGGCAAAGAACUACCACCCAAAGCCCCCGACGGCGAUACAUCUGCCCGGGAACAGCACGUCCGCGACUGCAUCGACGCUAUCUUCACCCCUGCCCUUCCCCGUUCCAACUCUCUUAGUGGAGGCUCUGCUCCCGAACGCUCGCCGUCGCGUGAAGGCCCGACGGCCCUGUCGCACUCUCACCAGGACGCGGAUAAUGGUGAAGGCUCCGCGACGGCAACGGUGCUAAAUCGGUUUUCAUUGAGCAGGCCAUCGAUGUUUGAAUAUACGGCUAGCGAGAAGGAUUGCUUAGACGGUGAUGAGAGCGGUAAGCCAGCAGAAUGCAUCAUCUGCUUUGAGGAGUUUGCCGCGGGUGAUGAGAUGGGGAGGUUGGUGUGCUGGUGCCGGUUUCAUAGGGGUUGCAUUAAAGACUGGUGGGAAAGGAAGGGGCCGGGGGCUUGUCCAACGCAUCAGUUAGGGUAUUGAGAGAUUUGGGGUUGAGAGGCGUUUAAAUGGGGAUACCCAUGUCAUUUUGUAGUUUGGGAAUGGAGGUGUUUGGUUUUUUGUGCCUACGUAGUAAUGCUAUACUGUAAC